UCCUUAUCCACAUGGUCUAAAAUGACUCUAAAUAAUAUAACUAUCAUAUCAUAUGAGCUGCGAGCUGCGAGCUGCCUCACCUCAGCGUGUCACACGCAAAAACCUUAAACCUCUGUUCUCACUUCUCUGCUUCUGAGGGGAGGGGUGUAGCUAUAGCUAAGGGCUUUUACCUGUAAAAAACUAACCGUAACUAACUUGAGCUUCAGUUCCAGGAAAACAAAAAAAAGGGAUACCAAGGAACCAGUUGUGUGUAGAAAUGGCACUACAGCAUGCCAUAAGGCUACCAUUGUCAUAUUCAUUCUCACCUCUUAAAGAGAACAUGUUCAGACUUCCCAAUUCACUGGCUGGUAUGAGUCCUGAAACUGAAGAAAAACGAUCCAACAGUUACUUGUCUUCCUCAAGAGUGGAGCUUUUUAGUCCCUCAUCGAACUUUCUGAAGUCUCCUUUGCCGAGUGGCAGGAUCAGAACGAGUAGAUUACGAGCAUCUAAAAGUGUAGGAAAACUCAAGUCUAAUGACGGAAAGAGAGAGCGAGGGGAGGCAUCUAGUGACAGUGAUGAAGAGGAUGAACCUCCUUCAGGGAAGGUGGAUGAUCCUCAUCUUAUGGAUGCUGAAGAGAGACGUGAAUGGAGGAGGAAGAUUAGAGAAGUGAUUGAUAGGACACCAGAUGUUGAGGAGGAGGUUGACCCUGUAGAAAAGAGGAAGAAGAUGCAGAAGCUUAUGGCUGAGUACCCACUUGUCGUGGAUGAGGAUGAUCCUGAGUGGCCUGAAGAUUCUGAUGGGUGGGGAUUCAGCUUGGGUCAGUUCUUUGACAAGAUUACUAUCAAGAACAACAAGAAAGAUGAUGAUGAUAAUUAUGAUAGUGACAAUGAAAUAGUCUGGAAAGAUGAUAAUUAUAUACGUCCUAUCAAAGACAUACGAUCUGUAGAAUGGGAAGAGACUGUGUUCAAGGACAUCAGUCCUCUAAUCAUUCUUGUGCAUCAUCGCUAUAAAAGACCAAAGGAAAAUGAAAAAAUACGGGACGAAUUGGAUAAAGCCGUCCAGAUCAUAUGGAAUUGUGGACUACCGUCACCAAGAUGUGUUGCGCUUGAUGCUGUUGUUGAGGAUGGCUUGGUCUCUGCAUUACAAGUGUCUGUUUUCCCUGAGAUUAUCUUCACAAAGGCAGGGAAGAUUUUAUACCGUGAGAGAGAAAUUCGAACUGCAGAUGAAUUUUCAAAAAUAAUGGCAUUCUUUUAUUAUGGGGCAGCCAAGCCACCCUGUUUAAAUGGCCUUGGAGAUAGCCAAGCAGCAGUCCCAUCUGCUCCCAUCAAUGGUCAAGUGUGCUGAUAGCUUUGCUGAAGAAAUAUUUUUGAUGGGGUUGUUCCACUUACACAUUUCUUGAUGUACCUUUGUAUGAAGAAUUGAAAAUGAGAUGUAUAGUUUACAUUUACUGGUAUGCAGGUAGUUGAUACGAUGAAUAACGUGUUAUUUGUUUAUAAAAACUUAUAAAGAAGAAAUAUUGUAUCAUACUUUUAUUGAAUUGCUAGUUUGCUACAUCUUGUGCUUGGUAAGAACCAAGGUAA